AGAGUUGCCAGAUUCCGAGUCUAGUGAUGUAAUUAUACAAAAUAACAUUGCUGAUUAUUUAUUUGUAGAAAAAUGUCAAUGAAAACAACAGUUUUGGCUGGAUUCCAUUAUAUGAGGCAAUGUGCGCAUUAUGCGAUUGCCCCCAGAAACUCGUAUUUACACACAAGUGCAUUCUUAGCGAAGGCAGAGGAUCGCAAAGAAAUGCUGGCCUCUCUGCCGGCUAAGGACGAGGGCACAAUUGGUGAGAAGUCUGUCGACAUUGACACGCUGAUCACCAGAAAGGAAAAGUUCUUUCCCGAUGCUAGCACGGCCACGCAGCUUUUCAAUGGCAUUCCCUUCAACGAAUUGCCAAUUUGCAACAUUCGAGUGUCGCCCAACAACACAAUUAUUUCUGUGACGGACUAUAAAGGUGUGCCAAGACUUAUACGAUCAUGCGGCAUUGAAGGUUUCAAAAAUACCAGAAAAGGCACAAAUAUUGCUGCACAAGCAACGGCUGUCAGCAUCAGCGCAAAAGCAGUUGAACUUGGCUGGAAAACAGUUCGAGUUAAAGUGCGUGGUCUUGGACCUGGACGAAUGUCGGCUAUCAAAGGUUUGCAAGUUGGCGGUUUGAAUAUUGUUUCCAUUACGGAUAACACGCCUGUGUCCUGGAAUCCGCCGCGACCUCGCAAACAAAGGAGUCUGUAAUUAAUUAUAGCCAAAAGUUUACAAAAUGUGAAUAGCUAUACAUUUAAAUUAAAUUUAAUAAUUUGAAAAUCUGA